ACGCUCCGAAUCUGGCACGUCAAGCACCCUUGCUUUUUGUAACUUCUGCUUAGUCUCGUAAUUCUCUCUGUUGUUUUUAUCCUGGCCCUAAGAUGGCAGUAGCUCUGCCCAAAGAGCCUGCAGAAAAUGGUUUGGACAAGCUGUCAACACAGAGACCUGAUCCUCGUACUUUGACAACGCUCCCAGAGAUUCUAUCUGCACUCUCAUCUGUAGAAUCCGAAGAAGCCGAACUAUCAUCAUCUCUCUCAGAACUUCUCUCCGAAAAGGAACCUAUUGUCAAUGCUCUUACUCGUGUCCAUGCGCUUGAACCUCAGCUCGAUGAGCUGUACCUUGAAGCUUCAUUACUCUCACAAGUUGUUUCUGCGACGGCAAAGACUGCUGAUCGUGUCGGUGGACGUGUGAGAUCUCUUGAUGAGGAAAUGCGAAGAGUGAGAGAGGCGUCUGAAAGAGUUGGCCAAGUCAUGGAACUGAAGUCAUCUUUAGCUGCUUUACAUGCCGCGAUGGAAGCCCACGACUGGGAAUCUGCCACUCGGCACUGCGCACGUGCAAUGGCACUUCCCCUUGAAGUGACCUCAGGACCUUUCGCAGACACCGCCGUCCCCACAGCAGAAAGUCAUCUUCCCCCAGCUCAGACUCUUCAAGCUGCUCGAGAACAACUACUGGAAAUAUUCCGAAGAGAGUUUGACAAGGCUUCGAAAUCGAGAGAUGCUGCUGCUACAUCCCGGUUCUUCAAGCUGUUCCCUGCUAUUGGGUGGGAAGCAGAAGGACUACAGGCAUAUGCCUCUUUCGUGGUUGACCUCGUGCGGGUGCGGGCUCCAGCUUCAGCGAAGACAUCGUCGCCUUUGUAUUUCAUCACCGCACUUACUGCGCUGUUCGAAAGUAUAGCCAUGAUUGUUGAUCAACACCAACCUGUUGUCGAGAAAUACUAUGGACCAGGGAAGAUGGCCAGUGUUUUGGAACGUCUCUUACAAGAGUCGGAUCGCGUCGUAAAAGACCUUAUUGAAGGAUGGGAGGAGGAACGGUCAAUGAAACGCAAGCUCUCGGACAUUGCGAAUGCUUCAUUUCAUGUUUUGUCAGGCCCCUCCCAGAUUCGCAGGACAGCAUCACAAAUGGGCGCUUCUGAUGAAGAUGUUGUUGAUCCUAGGGAGAUCGACAAAGUUCUGACUGAAGUAGCCGGGAUGGCGGGUCGGUGGAGCUUGUUCCGCAAGUUCCUCUACAAUCGACUUCAGGAAGAACCUGAAAAUGAGGACGAUGUCGGGAAUGAUCAGGACAACACUGCUGAUGCAGAAUUUGCUCCUCCGCCAUCAAGAUCCAAGGAGUCCCUGCCAAACGAGGCAUCACCAGACAGUCUGCCGGAAGUCUUGCAGGCUGUAGAGUCUUCGUCUUCACGGAGGCUCUUCGAGGAUUUACUCACGACGUACUACGUUCCUCUCGAGGUGUGGUACACAAGGACAAUCAUUGACAAGGCUCAUCGUCUAUCCACCCCCGACCUAACGCAGUUCCCCAUAAUAACUACCACGCCCGAUGAUGCGUUCUAUAUCCUCAAAGUCGUCCUCUCUCGUCUUCUGUCCACGGGGAACGUUGACAUUGUAGAGACAACAUCGAGUCAACUGCAAGAAGUCAUGGAUCGAGAUUAUGCUGGUGUCAUCAAGAAGAAACUGGAUGAUGUUUAUCGUACUGGUGGGGUCCCGCCAACGACUUCAAGGGAAAGGGCGGAGAGGGAGAUGAGACAGUCGUUCAUUAUUCUGCUCAAUGACCUUGAAGUGUCUUCAUCUCACAUGGAGCGACUGAUCAGAGACUUGUCCUCAUCAUCCAUGAUCAGCCAAAAUUUUCUCGAUCUAGAAGAAUUGUCUGUCAAGAAGAGCAUAUCAGGUUUCAACAACCUUCUUCCCAGAUUCAGGUCAACUCUCAGGGCAGGCAUUGAACAACUAUUUAAUCAACUUCUUCGGCCAAAACUGCGGACUUUCAUACCCGAUGUGUAUAAGGAUGUUUCCUACGUGCUUGACGAUGAUGCAUAUGCGACUGCGGAGUAUAACGACGCAGUGAGGAAACGGUUCAUGAAGGCUUGGGAGAAUCUAGUGGAAGGCUACAAGGAUACGUUCACAGAAAGUAACUUCCGUCUGUUUUUUGGUCUCGCAUUGGACGUGUUGGUUAGACCUUGGGAGAAAUAUGUUCUCAGUUUGAAGUAUAGUGAACUUGGAGCCAUCCGCUUUGACCGGGAUUUGCGUGCCAUUACGUCGUAUCUCUCGUCUCAAACCGCUUUCGGAGACGUACGCGACAAGUUCGUUAGACUGCAACAGAUAUCCACGUUACUGAAUCUUGACACGGAGGAAGAUGUCGAAGAGUUCUUUAAUGGUUCUGGUAUUGCAUGGAAAUUGAGCGAGCAAGAAGCUCGUAUCGUCGCCGCACUUCGAGUCUAGGAUCUUCAAGAUCUUGACCGGAUCUAUUUCUGUUGUACAUAACUUAUCAUUUGGAGUCGUCACGGACAUAUACAAGGGUAUAACACAAAACACAAAACACAAAACACGCAUCACUGUCAUCGCCGAUCCUCAUCCUCGUCUAAGUGCAUCUAGCCUCGCUUGAAGAGCAUCUUCGUCGGACAUGUCUGCACCUGCACCACCAGCUGCAUGGGUCGGACCGCCGCCAUCUCCCAAUGCAACAGGUUGUCGUGAAUCUGUAAGUGGCGAAGAAAUGGCCAGACCAGUCGGUGCUUCGAAAGGAUAAAGCGCACCUGCUGCGAGAGGUCUACACCGAUCUCAUCCAACACCUGCUUCAAGAUCUUAUCGCCCUCCUCUUCCUCAUUUUCUUCCUCCUCCAUGACAUCGUCUACAGCAUCAGACAUCAUCUCUUCCUUCAUAUCCAUCGUUGCACUCUCCCUUUCGAAUUCGUGCAUGAUACGUUGGAUUUGGGGAAGGUUAAGGCCUCUGUUCAUCGCGCCCAUGGCCUACCCAAACCGUAUUACAUCAGUAAACUGAUACGUGAUUCAUAAGUGAGUGUGAAGCGGACGUACGCGUGUUGCACCACGCAUGGCAUCGGCCAUUUGUUGAUUACUUCGCAGUGUUUGUAUCCGCAGUCCGACGGCUUGGAGCUGUGUCCUCAUCUGGUAAAACUUCUGAACGUAUCUUCGUGUCCGGACAAGGUCUUUUGCC